GGCUCAAACAACCCGUCAUCCAUUAAAACAUCAGUUCCAAUUUUCUUUCCCUCGUAGUUUCAAGAAAUGCGGAUCUCUCUCCUUCUCGCUUCUCUCUUUACAUCUUUGAUCCUCUCGCGAUCUGCCGCCGAUGAGAAAUUCGACGUCCGCCAACAUCUCGCCACCGUCACCAGAUAUGGUGUAGCAAAGGAUUCUAAUACUGAUUCUUUUGUGCCUUCUGUUAUUCCUGAUGGAUGCAGCGCAAUCCACCUAAAUCUUCUGGCGAGACAUGGGACCCGUUCGCCUACAACAAAACGUAUUAAAGAGUUGGAUAGGUUGGCAGCUCGUUUGGAUGUUCUUUUGAAUGAUGCAAAAGAUGAGGCAGGCCAGAACAGCUCCUCUUUGAAUACACCAGCAUGGUUAUGGGGAUGGAGAUCCCCUUGGGAAGGAAAACAGAAAGGGGGAGAGCUAAUUAACAAAGGGGAAGAGGAGCUGUAUCUUCUAGGAAAAAGAAUAAAGGAAAAGUUUGCAGAAUUGUUUGAUGAGGAGUAUCACCCAGAUGUCUUCUCAAUUAGGGCAACACAGGUUCCUCGAGCAUCAGCUAGUGCUGUUGCAUUUGGCAUUGGACUAUUUGCUGGGAAAGGAAACCUUGGACCAGGCGGGCAUCGUGCCUUCUCUGUGAUAAGUGAGAGUCGUGCAAGUGAUAUGUGCUUACGGUUCUAUGAUUCUUGUCAGACUUAUAGAAGAUAUAAAGAAAACCAGGAGCCAGCUGUUGAUAAGAUUAAGGAACCCAUUCUGCGUAUCAUUGCUGCUGAGGUCGGUAGACGCUACCAGCUAGGUUUCACUAAGCAGGAUGUUGCUUCUUUAUGGUUUCUCUGCAAACAGGAAGCAUCUUUGUUGGAUAUCACCAAUCAAGCUUGUGGCCUUUUCAAUGCUACGGAGGUUUCUUUACUUGAAUGGACAGAUGAUUUGGAGGGUUUUCUGUUAAAUGGUUAUGGUAACUCGGAAGUUAGCAGUGGAAGGCUGAUACUGCCAUACUGGUAG